UCAAAACUGGACGUCUGACAUCUGAAGCCGGAAUGCGCUGCAGCGUUACGGGAGCCCGAACGUCCCAGCAGCACCUGAAGGCACCGCAGAGAAGGAGAACCUGAAAGUUCACUGAGAGCUAUGGAGGACCGAGGAGGGCUGUCGGACCAAGCCGUGUCUGCUGCCUGCAAGGACGGGGACCCCAUCACCAAGGACUACAUGAUGCAGCAGACGAUGCUGAGGGUCAAAGAUCCCACGAGGUCUCUGGACUUCUACACUCGGAUCCUGGGCAUGACCUUGCUCCAGAAGAUCGACUUCCCCUCGAUGCGCUUCACCCUCUACUUCCUGGGUUACGAGGACAAGUCGGACAUCCCGGCUGACAUCAAAGAGCAGACGGCGUGGACGUUCUCCCGCCGGGCGACCAUCGAGCUGACGCAUAACUGGGGUUCAGAGUCAGAUGAAAGUCUGUCGUACCACAAUGGAAACAACGAACCAAGAGGCUUCGGACAUAUUGGCGUCGCUGUUCCUGAUGUUUACGCCGCCUGCAAAGUGUUUGAAGCUCAAGGAGUGACGUUCAUCAAGAAACCAGAAUCAGGCAAGAUGAAGGACCUGGCCUUCAUUCAGGAUCCUGACGGCUACUGGAUCGAGAUCUUGAGUCCCAACAACAUGGUCUCACUGAUGGCGCCUUGAAGCAGAGACUUUGUGGCUGGAGAAAAGAAGACUUCUUUUGUAAAUGACAAACCUUUAAAACAAAUAAAACAAACACAAACAGGAAGUUCUCCUUUGAAUCU